AAUGCGGUGAUCCGGCGGGGGGUGGUGGAGGAGGAGCAGGAGUGGGAUGACUUCAUGCAGCCGGAGCGCUGUGAAUUUGGGCUCAGCAGCUGCAGCUGGACGCUGGCGAGGCGGCGGCGGCGGCGGCUGCCAGCAGGAAUUCUUGCCCCGCGCAAGCGCCCACCCCCGCGUGGGCUUCAACCCGUUGCUGGGGCCAAGGAGGAGGGGGGGGCUAAAAAGGCAACGGGAGGGGGCGCCGCCACCACCGCUGUUGCUGCGCCUAGACGCAGGGCACUAACCGGCCGCGUUGGGAAAGGACACCUCGGGUAGUGGUGGUGUGCUUCCAGCGAUUCUAUGGUACUCCCGUGUGAUGGAAUACAAGACAGGAAUAAACUCGGGCACGAUGGAAUGAGGGCUGUCGGUGCUUAAAAUAUGGGACACGUGACUGCUCCGCUUUAGAUUACUUAAAGGUACUGCUAUGUGGAUACUUGGUAGCAAUGACUGAUGUGGAAUCUACAUAUGCAGAUUUCAUUGCUUCUGGAAGAACUGGGAGAAGAAAUGCCCUUCAUGAUAUCCUUGUGUCCUCUACAAGUGGGAAUUCUAGUGAGCUGUCCCUCAAGUUAUCAGAACUUGAUAUAAAUAAAACUGAAGGGGAAGGAGAUGCAGAGAGGAAACCCACUGAGCCAACUGGGGAAACCCAGGGGGAAGCCACAAAACAAGAGAGUUGACAUCCCACUUUGACCAACAGCAGCAACUGUGAGAUGUUUUCCCACAAAUGCCUGCUGGAAAAAGCUGGCACCUCCUGAGCAAGCCAAUCAAACAACAACAGCCACAAAAAUUAAGAAUGGAUGGGUCUUGCUAUUGGUCCCUGCCUGACCCCCUACUAAAAAGGGGGAAGCAGGUCAUAGUAGCAGACAGAACUUCCUUUAGUUUAGCUAGUGAUGGUUGAGACUUUGUUGCUGAUCCAGAGACUUUCUUGACAGAUGGAUCUUAUUGCAAAUGGCCACUUGACGAAAUGCCCAUAAGAGGUAAAGGAAACUAGAUCUUACAGCAAAUGGGCUUCAGUUCACUAGGGGCAUGAAGGGCAUUGUAUGGCUACAGCUUCAGUGAUCUUCAGAGGUUGGCUAGAGCAUUCACCUAUUAAAAUCACUUGCAAAGGGAGCACAGGUUGUCUGUUUUGAUUUGAAAGAACUCUGCUUCUGUAUUUUCUGCUCUGAUACUUACAUUGUUUUUUAUUGUACAAUUUAGAAGCUCCAUACUGUCCCUACUCAAAAGGAUUCUGAAGGCAACUUCUAUGACUGUGAAUUUUUUUUACCAUUUGUUUUGAAAGGGUUAGGAUUUGUUUUUGUUUUGCAUAGUGUGGUGGUGUGCACAUGAUAGAUUAUAAAGCCCACUGCUGAACUGAUGAAAUGGCUAACCUAAAGAUUCAUCAGCCUUCUUUCAUAUACAAGAUGAACAUACGAUGUAACUAACGUAUAGUCUGGUGUGUCUUGUGUUUUCUCAGUACAGUUAGGUCACCUUGCUUGUUGUUGGUUGGAAAUUCAAGAUUCAAGCAGAAUCUUUUCUUUUAUCCCACCUUUUAAGGGAUUAAAAAAAAGAAUGAAAAUGCUUACUUUGUUAGUGCUAAAGUUUUAAGAAUAAACUUGUCAGUACAACAUAAAUGGAGAAAAAUUAUGUUAGGAGCAGGUGAGAGAUGGAGCAAUCCCCCCAAACUUGGUAAAUACUUGUUUCCCCAAAAGAAACAUAUAUAUAGAUAUAUUUUCUCACCUGUCAAGUCACUGAUUUUGGAGUGAAAAAUGAAUGUUGCUGUGGCAAUCAAGUGGACACCAAUCACAAGACUAAUUGUGUUUCCAUCCCCAGCCCUGAUGUGUUUCUUCUUACUAAGAAAGUGAUGCCACAUUUUCUGUUUCAGGUAUUAUGCACUUUUUAAAUGUUUGUAAACUUUACUAAAGAUUUAGUGUAAUUUUGCUUUCUAGUAAAUUUGAACGUUGGUUAAUGAAACAUUCAUUACUGUUGUGGCCAUGGCUGUCGUUUCUACAGUAUAUACGUACUGUGGUUAGUUGUUCACCUAGAACUUUUCUUGGAAUGAGAUGUGUAAACUCUCUGAUCAGUAUUCAGCGCAGUAAUUUAGUGUUAAUAAAUAACAAAUCGGCAA